AAACAACAAAGCACUGGAUAAUGUUCAAAAAUGUCAUUUGUGAGGCUCAGUUCACAAAGUUCAGUCGAUAUUAUAUAAAAAUGUUAAGGAAUCCGGCUGGUGAAAGAAAUAAACAGCCAAUUUUAGAAACUCUUCAACAGUAUAUUGAUGUCAAUAAAGAAAGUAGAUUGUUGGAGAUAUCUUCAGGAUGCGGACUUCAUAUUUCAUUUAUAUCGUCAUAUUUUCCAAUGACAAGGUUCCAGCCAUCAGAGUAUGACAAAGCUUUAUUUAAAAGUAUUAAGGAAUAUACAAAAGACUGUCGAAAUGUCAACGAGCCUAUUUUAAUCGAUAUUUCAAAAGAUGUUGAAUGUUGGGAUUCAAUGUGUGAUGGGCAAUUUCUAAAUUUGUGCACAAAUGUUUUUGAUUAUAUGCUGAAUAUAAAUAUGAUUCAUAUAACGGCGCUUGAGUGUACUGAAGGAUUGUUUAAAAAUUGCUCUAAACUUUUAAAGCCAAAUGGAUUGUUAUUUACUUAUGGACCUUAUAGCAUAAAUAAUGUUUUAAUACCUGAAAGCAAUGUUUCAUUUGAUAAAGGCUUGCGUCGUCAAAAUCCAUGUUGGGGUAUAAGAGACAUUGCUGAUUUAAAAUCUUUAGCACAAAAAAAUUCAAUGAAUCUCCUUAAAAUCCAUGAUUUGCCAUCCAAUAAUAAAUUACUAGUUUGGAAUAAAAAUUAA